CCCCGGGGGAAGUCACGGGGGUGUAUAUAAGCCCACAUCUCUAUGAAAAGAGCAGAGUCAUUCUUCCUUCUCUGGGCAUAAACAGAGAAGCUUUAAAAAGCGAGACCCGGACCCGGAUCGCCAGUCUGAACUUUGGAGCCUUUUUUCCAGGACAACGACAAUGUCUGUGCCCGAUGUUGCUACCGCUGCUCUCUGCGCGCGCGAGCUGCGCCAGAUCGGAGACAAGCUUUUCUGGAGGUACAAACUGCUGGAGGACCCAGGAAAGACCCAGGAAGGACCCAGGAGGGAUCCAGGAAGGACCCAGGAGGGAUCCAGGGGGGACCCAGGAAGGACCCACAGCGCCCGGGAAGGACCCAGUAGGGACCCAGGAGGGAUCCAGGAGGGACCCCCUCAGGCCCGAGUGACCGUCGUCCUCGGUGUGUGCGACCGGUUUUUAGACGGUAUCCGGGCGGGAAAAAUGGAGGGUCGCGGUCUGACCAUGGAGGAAAGGACACGAGGCCUCGGAGUUUUUUCUAACGGACAACCGACCAAUCAGAGGCCGGGAGAGGAAACAUCUGUCAGACUCCAGCUCGUCCAUCCGGUCAUGUCGUCUUUAAAUGUUAAUCCACUCUUUGAAACAGAAACGGAGGCUUUUCGCCGUCACUCGGCCACGCCCACCACCACCAAGCACCCGUCUUAA